UGUCACUAGCAACAGGUGCCUGAGCAAAAAGCAGCAAAUUUGCCAGCAGGAGCUGGUGAGCCUUUUAAGAUGUGGAAAGCAGUUGUGGGACAUGACGUGUCAGUGAAGGUUGACGCUCAGGGAGACGACUGGGACACUGACCCUGAUUUCGUGGUGAGUGUCUGCAUCCAUCAGCUGAGGAACAAGGUGUCAGAGGAACAUGAGGUCAUCAAGAAGAAGGAGCUGGAGACUGGCCCCAAGGCCUCCUAUGGCUAUGGCGGCAAAUUUGGAACAGAGCGGGACCGAAUGGAUAAGUGUGCAGUGGGCCAUGAGUACAUUGCUGAUGUUGGGAAGCACUCCUCGCAGACGGAUGCAGCCCAGGGCUUUGGGGGGAAGUACGGAGUCCAGCGGGACCGAGCUGACAAGUCAGCACUGGGCUUUGAAUACAAGGGUGAGGUGGAGAAACACUCAUCCCAGAAAGAUUACUCCAAGGGCUUUGGUGGCCGUUACGGUGUGGAGAGGGACAAGGUGGACAAAGUGGCAGUGGGAUUCGACUACAAGAGCCAGGCAGAGAAGCAUGACUCUCAGAAAGACUAUUCUGUGGGCUUUGGUGGUAAGUUUGGAGUCCAGAGGGAUCGUCAGGACAAGAGUGCCCUUGGCUGGGACCAUCAGGAGGAAGUGCAACCCCAUGCAUCCCAAACAGACUAUGCCAAGGGGUUUGGAGGCCGUUACGGGGUCCAGAAGGACAGAGUAGAUAAGAGUGCUGCUGGCUUUAAUGAGAUGGCAGCUCCCACCUUCUCAUAUGAGAAAACAAGACCACUGGAGGCAGGAGCUUCCAGUGGCACCAGCAGCCUGCGGUCACGAUUUGAAAACAUGGCUAAGUCAGCAGAGGAGGAGAGCAGAAGGCAGUCAGAGGAGGACCGGGAAAUCCCACAAAGAGAGAAGGACCACACAGAGGGAGCCCCUACCACUGUGCCAGCAAGGGUGCCUGGGAGUGCUGACCGAGACAGGCCUGUGUCACAAGGAGAACAGGAAGCAAAAAGGGAGGAUGAGGAAACACCACCCACUUUGCCACCAAGGCCAGCAGAUUUGUCCGAAGAGCUGUGCAAGAUCCCCAGCCAGGAUCAGCCCAUCUACAGUGAAAGUUUGGAUGUCAGUGGAGACUAUGAGGAGCUGCCAGAGCCUUCUGACUACUGUGGUAGUACCAAUGGAGGUGCUGACUAUGAGGAGCUGCCAGCACCCUUGGGAAAGGUGGAUGCCAUCUAUGACCAUGGAGGAGAUGGAGGUGAGGACUAUGAGGAGAUCCUUCCUGAGGAGCCCAGCCAGAGCCAGCCCCACCUGGGGGAAAUGGACAAUGUUUAUGAGGUGGAGAGCCCUGGGACCUGUGCAGUGGCUCUUUAUGAUUACCAAGGAGAUGGAGAUGAUGAGAUUUCUUUUGAUCCUGAUGACACAAUCACACACAUCGAGAUGGUAGAUGAAGGCUGGUGGCGGGGGCAGUGCCGGGGCAAAGUAGGCCUCUUUCCAGCAAAUUAUGUGAAGCUUCUGCAGUGA